GCAGAGCAGAGCAUAGCAGAGCAGAGCACACCGUGUGACAGACCGGCAGUGAAUACAGUGUGUCUGUCACUGUCUAGUCUCGGAAUCCCCGCUCCCCCGCCCGCCCGGGCUCACAGGCUCCUCCUCUUCUAACCCCAGCUCCGGCCUCCAGCUUCCUCUCCCGGCUCGGGCCUAGCUCAUUCCUUCCAUGUCUCCAUAGCCGCCCUCUCUGCGGCCUGGUCUCUUGUCCGGAGCCGGAGUUUGACUGAGCCCCUGCUGCCCGCCCCCCUCCCCCAGGCCGGGGCUCCCGAAGUCUGUCGGUCAUGGAGUGAGCUGGAAAGAUGGCGGGCAGUGGAGAGAGCCGUUUAAUAGAAGGUGAGAGUCGGGCCCUGUGUUCACCGCAACACUGUAAUCGUUAUCCGCCUCCCUGUGUCUGGAAUAAUGUGUGAGAGCCCCCACCCUCAGUGAGCCCUGCAUUGGGUGCUGUGUGUCCCCACGGGGGAGCCCUGCAUUGGGUGCUGUGUGUCCCCACGGGGGAGCCCUGCAUUGGGUGCUGUGUGUACCCACGGGGGAGCCCUGCAUUGGGUGCUGUGUGUGUGUGUGUCUCCACGGGGGCGCCCUGCAUUGGGCGCUGUGUGUGUGUGUGUCUCCACGGGGGCGCCCUGCAUUGGGCGCUGUGUGUGUGUGUGUCCACGGGGGAGCCCUGCAUUGGGUGCUGUGUGUCCCCACGGGGGAGCCCUGCAUUGGGUGCUGUGUGUCCCCACGGGGGAGCCCUGCAUUGGGUGCUGUGUGUCCCCACGGGGGAGCCCUGCAUUGGGUGCUGUGUGUCCCCACGGGGGAGCCCUGCAUUGGGUGCUGUGUGUCCCCACGGGGGCGCCCUGCAUUGGGCGCUGUGUGUGUGUGUGUCUCCACGGGGGCGCCCUGCAUUGGGCGCUGUGUGUGUGUGUGUCUCCACGGGGGCGCCCUGCAUUGGGCGCUGUGUGUGUGUGUGUCUCCACGGGGGCGCCCUGCAUUGGGCGCUGUGUGUGUGUGUGUCCACGGGGGAGCCCUGCAUUGGGUGCUGUGUGUGCAGAGGAAAACUUUGAUACUUGCAUUGGGUGCUCUGCAUGCCCAUCAGGGUGCCUCCAAUGAAUGCUACUCUGCCAAAGAAUACCCUGCAUUGGGUGCUGUCCUGCACCAAGCACUGUCUGUGCCAAUGAGGGUGUCUUGCAAUGGGUGCUGUCUGUGCAUUUUAGAUGUGGGAAAUGUAAGGCAUGUAGGUUUAUUAAACCUUCAAAAUCAGUCUUAUGCACCAAUACGCAGAAAACAUAUCCGAUUAAUGAUUUUGUUAAUUGCAGCACCACAAAAGUAGUUUACAUCAUUACUUGUAGCUGUAAACUACAAUAUAUAGGAAAAACCUUCCAAGAAUUGAGAAGGAGAAUCCUACAAAAUGUGAAUUCCGUCUCAAACCUAAACAUUUCUACUCCUGUCUCCAAUCACAUAAGGAACUUCCAUAACUCAGAUGCAUCUCAUCUUACAUUUCAGGUUUUAGAACGUAUCCACCUGAACACUAGAAAGGGUAAUUUUAAUCUCACCCUAUUGAGGAAAGAAUCCAGAUGGAUACAUGAAUGUAAGACCUUAUUCCCCUUAGGACUAAAUGAAGAAUUUAAUUUUACCCCCUUCAUUCACAAAUAAAUGCUUAAUUAUUUAUCAAUAUUAAUUUAGGUCUAUUACAAAUAUUCUCUUUCCUAAAAUCUUAAAAUCCUAAAAACUUUCAUUACUGUUACAUUUUAGCCAACAAGUUUAGCAAUCCACUAAUAUAUUCUGCACUAAUCAGUAAAUAGUUUAGCAGAUAAACGUUGCUAUGUUCGUUCAACUAACUAUGUCACUAUUAUUAAUCACAUAUAAGUUAAAAUAAUGACAUUAUUGUCAUUUUGAGAACCACUGUUACUUACACUUUUCCACUUUUUCUUUUCUUUUUUAUAAUCAAUCUUUUUAACAUUCAAUAAAAAACCCAUAAGAUUCAGGUCAACAUAGGGUUAAUUAGUCAAUUAUUUCUUAAUGGUUGAGAUUCCCUCCCCAAGCUACCAUUGGUCAGAAUCCUGAAAAUCCUCCAAUCAAUUGAGAGCUUAUGAUUUAAAUACUCCUAUUUUUGCCAGCAUCUGGUUCCCCUCUGAUGAGCUUCACUGGCGAAACGUGCACGUCAGGGGCUCUGGACACUUACUGACACAUUAUUGGUGUCGGCACCUAACUCUCUGCUUAUCUAUUGCUAAAUUACCGACAUCAAGUUCAUUCAUGUCCAGCAUCUCAGGAGUGCAUAUUGGAGACUCUUAACACUAAUUUUGUGUACUCUGUACAUACUUUAUUUCUCUUUCUUUUCCCUUUAUUAUGUUUAUGGGGGGAGAUUGAUAAGACCAGGCAUUUUACUAAGGGGUGCCCUUGAAGUCACAAGACUCAGGAAUCUUUAUUCUAUAUGCCUUUAUUCUAUAUGCCUUCCUCUGUCACUGUCUGUAUAUUUUCUACUACCUAGGCAACCUGUUAAAAAAAACUGUUUGUAAACCCUCUUUUUAUACUUUGACCUAUUAUUUAGAUGCAGCUAGCACUUAGGCAACUUGCGUGACUUUUAACCGGUAUAUUUUCUACUACCUAGACAACCUGUUUAAAAACUGUUUGUAACUUUUUCUUUAUACUUAGACCUAUUAUUUAGAUGCAGCUAGCAUUUAGGCAACUUGUGUGAUUUUUAACCGGUUAACUGCUGCCUGUCAGCAGUCCUUCACAGGUGAGCUACUACUUGGUGCUCCACUGUGGUCAAGCAUAAGUUAACAUCAUUCAGUGCAGGCAGCUGUUGUUACACUAGAAUAUACUGCUAGGUAUCUUGCAGAAAAAACUGAGCCAGGUCAGCAACCCCUUAUUUUAUACUUUACUGCUUGACAGCAACCUUUAAUUUAUUAUCAAAAUGCUGCUAUGAUCUAGGCAGCUUUUGUGAUAUUUAACUGGCUAAUCACCGUCUGUCAGAAAUCUGUCUUAGCUGAACCAUUAUCUUUGAUCUUUCCGAGGUUAAGCACCAUAGAACAUUAUCAAUUAUUGUAUGUGGAGUUAACCCAUGUCGUUAGUUGUACUAUCAUGUAGGGAUUUACUUAUCCAUAUCUUUUAACUAUUGACAGCACUGGUUUAGCAGUUGUCUUAUCUCCCCCCCUCUUGUUACAGCUAUUAGUGAUAUAUAAUAUAGUAUCACUUCUAUUACUUGGGAAUACACUGUUAUAUUGUAGCUAAACAGUAUUGCUUCAGCAUUAGUGUUGUUAUGUAUACACUUUUACAGCUUGUAUAAGUAGUCACAGUUUUUUACUCGCUGUAUAGUCUCCAUUUACUCCUGCUGUUCAUAGUAUAUAUAUUUUUUCUUUUUUAUAUUUAUAUUUUUAUUUUAGAUUUAUUUAUUAAAAGUUACUUUUUAACCUACAAUCUUCUCAGUAAAUCAUACACAGGUGGAAUGGCAUUUUUUUCUUUUUUUGUUUAUUCUCUGACUGUCUGUGCACAGGAAUACAUUGCACUGGGUGAUGUCUGUGCCCAUUUGGGUGCCCUGCAAUGAGUAAUGUAUUUGCCCAUCAGGGUGCCCUGCACUUGGUGUUGUCUAUGCCAGUGAGGGUGCUCUGCAAUGGGUGUUGUCUGUGCCAGUGAGGGUGCUCUAUAGCCUAGCCUGUGUUCUAUUUGUGCUCAUGAAAGUGCUCUGAACUGGGUGCUGUUCUUGCCCAUGAUACCCCUCCAAAUGGUAUUUUCUUUACAUCUGCUGGGUGUUGUCUUUGGUUAAGAGUGUGCCUAAUGCUGGGUACUGUUAGUGCGUAAGAGAAAGCAUUGCACUUACUGUCUGCCUGUGAUUAAAGGACCACUAAAGAGCGGCACUUUAUAUUCCUCAGGGCCCCCUUUCAGCCACUUACCUUAAUCCAGCGCUGGGCUCCCUCGGCGCUGGUGACCUCUCCUCCCCCUCCGACGACAGCUACCGAGUGGCGCCGAAUGCGCAUGAGUGGCCAGAGCCACGAGCGCAUUCAAACUGCCCAUAGGAAAGCAUUACUCAAUAUUUUUUUUGAGAUUUUUGCAUUGAGCGUUGCGGAAUCGCCUCUAGCGGCUGUCAGGAAGACAGCCACUAGAGGCUGGAUUAACCUUUCAAUGUAAACAUAGCAGUUUCUCAUCUGAAGGGUUAAGACCUGGGGGACCUGGCACCCAGUCGACUUCAUUGAGCUGAAGUGGUCUGGGUGACUAUAGUGGUCCUUUAAGUCCUUGACUGUGUUCUUGGUAUGCUCCCUUGAGUACUCUGCAGAGGGCGUUGUCUGUGCCUAUUACAAUGCCCUUUGCUGGUGAUGUGCAGCCGGCGCCCCUCAGGUUGCUGUGUUUUGGACUCUGCCUGAGUAUCUGCCUCCUGUCCAGAUUUUUACGCUGAAGAAAUCACACUGAACAAGUUUAAAUAAAUGAAAACUUUGAUUUUGCUUAUUUGGGGGGCGGCAUAGCCCCUUAUAAAGUCAAAGGAAUGCAUUGUGUGCAAAUAUGAGGAGUAAACUUUUAAUGUGUUAAGUGUUUAAUCUUGAUGUACUUCCUCCAGGGUGUUGAUGUCGUCGUCGUCGUCGUCGUCGUCGUCAUCAUCUUGGGUGUAGCUCCGGAUGGAGACGCCAUCUAUUUACAUGAGGGUUUUGGUCGAUGGGAAGGGGUUCUCUAGCGGCCAUUUUGAGUAAGGCAUGAGCACAGGUGCAUAUGACAAAUAGUCAUUUUACAUACACUUAUUUCUAUCCAUCACUGUCGUGCAAUGGGCGCAGACGGCGCCCCUCAGGUUGCCGUGCAGUGGGCGCAGCCGGUUAUGAGAAAUGUUAUAAUAGUAAUGCAUGGUAAGCCUUAGAUUCCAAUAUUUUAGAUGGGUGAUGGCUGAUAUGUAAUUAAUACAUAACUGUACUGCUUUGCACAGAAAAAAGGAAUAAAAUCUACAUGAACUUGACUAUCAUUUAUAGAUAUUUUGUUUACAAGGCUUCUGUAAAUAGUAGUGAGAUCUACAUUGGUCAAUACUUCAAUUGGAAUAUAUUUAAUCUCACAAUAUUUUAUUCUAAUAUUUGGUACUAGUUUAUAAUACUUCUAUGCUGAACACAGUAAUAGGAAUGUAUUUUUUACCUUUGGAACACAACACGUAGGUGUGUGUAGUAAACUAGUAUAAAAUGCUCUUUUUAUUAAGUCAUGGAUUAUUUAACAUAAUCAACAGACUCAUGCUUCAUGCAUGAUGACAUCCAUGCCAUCUUGCAGGUCCAUAAUAUUGCAACUUGAUGGAUUUUGCCCAUUAAAAGAUUAAAAAUCAGCAUAAUAAUCUUAUUUUUUUGGUAUAAUAUAUUUUUAUCUCUCUAUGGUUGAUAAAAUUAGGAGCUUCUAUUAAGUAACUGCUAAUAUGGUAAAUCCUCAGUGUGUCAUAAAGCGUUUGUGUCAUUUUGGGGAUAAAACUUUUUUAAACAAUCAAAAAAAAUGUCGAUUUGUAAUGAACUAAAGUCUGAAAGGCAAAAUUGAGGCUAAUAUAGCCAAGUUGAGACACUUACGUAGAUGGUGAAUUUUUCCGUUCAGCUUUUUUGUUGUUGUGAUUUUUGAAUAUCAAAUUGCUAAAUUCAUAGCUGUUCACAUUAGAAAAAAAGUGUUUGUAUAAAAGAAAAUGAUGCUGGGAAAAUGUUGUUGUUUUGGACUUGUGGAUAGGGCUUGUUUACUCCUACAGUGUAUCGCUUUCCAGUGAAAUUCUGUAUUCAGCAACAUAGAAGUGUUUACAUCUCUCUGCUGAUAAUGCAAAAAGCAUUACACUUAAUGUUUGAUCUAGACAUUAAGUUGGUAGUUUGGCAGGUACAGUGUAGAGAUCAAAAAUGCAAUUCUGUCAUAUUUCUUUGACAGAUUAAUUUUAAAAGACAAAAAUGCCACUUUGGAAAUGUUGAGUGGGUAGAAAUUGAACAUUGUAUCUCAUGAUAUACUGCAAUGUCCACAAGUGGCAAUAGGAACAAAAGGAAACGUUUUAUUUAUUGUAUGUUUUGAUGAAAUUUUGCAAACCUAUAUGAGACAAAUAAUAUUUAUUAAGGUAUUAGAAAUCGUUAUAAGACAUUAAAAUAGAAAGUGGUCUGGUACAGCUAUUAAUUGAAUAUACUGGAGGACUUUCUAGAAUGGCUCUACAUUUUUCUCUUCUUCCUAGUGUCAUCAUUUGAGCUGCAUGGAUCACGGAGUAUUGGUCUGAGUUGAUCUCUUUAGCCCCCUGCUGUUUCUGUAUCUUUAUAUAGCUAUAAUGACUACAUAGCACUUCCUCUGUAAGAUCGCUGCCAUAUCAGGGAAAAUAAACAUGUUAACUUAAAAAUCAUCUUUAUGUUCAAUAUGUUUUUUAGGUUCUGUAUCCCUCCUGACAGAAAUCUGCAAGUGAUUUCUGCAAAUAUAUUUUAGCUCUCAGUGGCUGUAAAACUUGUUUUGGGAAGAAAAGUUAAUUUCUCAUGGGUUGUAGCAUUGCUGUCUAAUGGUUUAUUUGUGUUUAUUGUAUAUGUUUGUUUGAGACCUGUUUGCUAGUUUGUAAUUAAUUAAACCUAUGGUAUAUUUAGACUGGUAUGAGUUUAAUCUGUGAGAUGCUUUUCUUUAUUCAGAUGCUCAUAGAUUGUAGGCUCAUAUCCGUAUGGUCUUCUUCUUGUCUUUAUUAAUUUUUGAAUGUAAAUUAGGUCAUAAAUCCCCCAUUAAAAAUGUAACUCGCUAAGACUACUACAAGGAUAACAAUGGGGGUAAAGAGAAAGCAUCGGAGUAGAGAUGGUUUCAAAGCAAGAGUUUAAUCAUUCCUGGUUUACCCUUUUGCAGUUUUUCUUUGUUAGAACUCUAUUAAGGUGCCUUUGAGGCAGAAUCUGCUUAACUUCCUGGCAUUAGUAGAGAUUUCCAGUUUAUGCCUUCAAUUAUUUUGAAUUGAAAAUAGACUAGCAAAAUGAAGAAAAAUUGUCUAGCUGUAAAAUAAAUUCAAAGGACAAAAAGCACUACAUCUUAAUAACUUCUCUGACAAUGUAACAUGUUGAAGUGUUUUACUGAAAACACACCUCUAGUGUCUGUCAAGCAGACGGCCUCUGUGCUGCUUCCUAUUUCAGAUACUUGAUUUUCAAAGGACUCCGCAUUUGGAAUCAUCAUGUAACAUGUCAAGGCCUAACUCCUAAUACUUCUCAUAGCAAAGCACUGUGAUCAGUGCUUCUUAUAGAGAAGCAUUGGAUUGGUGAAUUUUGGUAAUGGCUUUACAUGUGUUUGUCUGCAAUUUUUCUCUAGAAGAAGCAUUUGAUUCGAUAAAACUCAUCAAACUUGAUGACUUCAGCAAAGGUGAAUCAGGCUGCAGUGUAUUUUAUUUCUUUUUUUUUUUUUCUUUUCAAUGGGGGCCUAACAAUCUAACUUGAUUAAGAAGCACGGGUGACAAUAACCAUAUUAAUCAUUUCCAUUAAGUUUUUACAUUUGGCUGAAAGCAUACCUCUAUUGGCUUUUAGAUGAGCAACAACUAAAGGUGCUGAUUUUUCAAAGAACUUAAUGUUUGGCGGCGUCAUGGACAAGAUGCCAUGUUUUAAGAAGCAUUUAAAUAGCAGAGUACGGUAAUUGGUGUGUGCGCACCCACACGAAAAAUCCUCAAUGCUUCUUGAAGCAUUGAAUUGGACAGCGAAAAUCCUACGUGAUGAACUCAUCAUGGUUGGAUCGGACUGAGGUGAGAAGUAUGACUUUGUGCUGUAUUACAUACAGGAAAGAUUAAUUGCUUUCUUUCCAACUACAAUGGACUGAAAAUAAAAAAUAGUUAUUAUUAGUGUUUCUUAAAUGAAGUUAAAACCGUAAACACAAAAGUUCAAUAUUAUUUUCGUGUAACCAAAUUAUAGUAAGUUUAGUCAGAAUUAUCAUUUUAAAGCAAAAGGUGUAUUUCAUAAAGAAAAAACCUUAAUGAUCUAUUAGAAUUGACUUUGUUGUAUUUCACAGAAGUUUGUAGUUUAGUUUUCAGCACCAUAGAAUGUCCAUGCCCUUAAAGGUCAAAGGGUCACGAUAGGAUUAAGUGCCAAAAAAAUGAAUAUCCUAAAUUAGGACACUUACUACUACUUAUUUUUUAGGUACAAGUGUUUGGACAUGUGUUUAACCCCUUAAGGACUGGACUGUUUUUGCGAUGUUGUACAUUUGCGACCAGGCCUAUUUUUACACUUUUGUGGUGUUUGUGUUUGUCUGUAAUUUUCCGCUUUCUCAUUUACUGUUCCCAUACAAAUUAUAUAUUGUUUUUUUCAGGACAAAAUGGGCUUUCUUUAAAUACCAUUAUUUAUAUAAUCUCAUGUAUUUUAAUUUAAAAAAAAAAAAAUGAUGAAAAAUUGAAAAAAAUACAUGUUUUUUUACUUUUACUUGAAAAAUCUUUUACUCAUCUACAAAAGCGAAUGAAAAAAACUGCUAAAUAGAUUCAAAAUUUUGUCCUGAGUUUAAAAAUACCCAGUGUUUACGUGCUUUUUUGCUUUUUUUUGCAUGUUAUAGGGCUAUAGGUACAAGUAGGAUAUUGCGGUUUCAAAACAUACAUUUUAAAAAUGUAUCAAUAGUGACAUUGUAACACUAUUAUCUGUCAUAAAUCUCUGAAUAACACCCCACAUGUACAUAUUUUUUUUAAAGUAGACAACCCAGGGUAUUCAAUAUGGGGUAUGUCCAGUCUUUUUUAGUAGCCACUUAGUCGAAAACACUGGACCAAAGUAAGCAUUCAUAUUUGUUUGUGUGUGAAAAAAGUAAAAAAAACUAAAUUGAACGCUAAUUUUGGCCAGUGUUUGUGACCAAGUGGUUACUAAAAAGGACUGGACAUACCCCAUUUGCAAUACCUUGGGUUGUCUUCUUUUGCAAAUGGUAUGCCAUCAUGGGGGUAAUUCUCAUUCCUGGGCUACCAUACGCUCUCAAAGGCAACGUAACCAACCUGGCCAUUUUCAAUGUAAAAAUAUUUGACCCAUAUAUUUGACCUUGUAACUUUCAAAAAUGCUAUAAAACCUGUACAUGGGGGGUACUGUUUUACUCGGGAGACAUCGCUGAACAUAAAUAUUAGUGUUUAAAAACUGGAAAACGUAUCACAACAAUUAUAUCAUCAGUAAAAGUGCUGUUUGUGUGUGAAAAAUGCAAAAAAAGUAACUUUCACUGACAAUAUCAUCGCUGUGAUAUGUUUUACUGUUUGAAUCACUAAUAUUUGUGUUCAGCGAAGUCUCCCGAGUAAAACAGUACCCCCCAUGUACAGGUUUUAGGGUGUCGUAGAACGUUACAGGGUAAAAUACAAUGCUAGCAAAUUAAAUUCUCUGGAAUUUCGGCCUGGGUUGGCAGGCAGGUCCCUCAAAUUGCAAUCAAUAAAAUUACUGAAUUAUGUAAAAAUAUUACAUAAAUACACACGUAGAAUUUAAAUAUAUAUGCAUAUUUAUAUAGUUUAAGUCUACAUGUAUAUUUAUAUAAUUAUGUAAUUUUGUAUAUGGACCUAUGUAUAUUUCGUAUUAUUUUUAUUUAUUUAUAUAUACAUAGAUAUAUAUACAAAUUCAUUCUAAGUGUAUUUUGAUAUAAAUAUAUAUAUAUUAAUUUUAAAAUACAGUUAUAAUAAAAUUUCAUAUAGAUAUAUAAUUUUUUUUUAAAAUUUUUAUUAUUUAAAAAAAAUUAUUUAAUUUAAAUUACUUAUUAUUUAUAUUUUAUAAUAUAUAUACAAUAUAUAGUUAUUAUAUAUAUUUUAUAUAUACGUGUGUAAUUUAAUUAUAAGUGUAUUUUUAUAUUAAUAUAAGUACAUAUUAAUAUAAAAAUACACUUAGUAUGGCAUUAUAUAUGAUAUAUAGACAUAUAUUUAGAUAUAAUAUAUGUCUAUAUAUCAUAUAUACACAUAUAUAAUUAUUAUUUUUUUAAUUAACACUAACUUUAUUUUAUUUUUUGAUUUUACACUAGCAGGGAGACUGCCUGUCAGCACAGACAGUCCCCCUGCAGGCAGACACUAGGACACCUAUUGUGACCAUGUGAUCGCUGUGUUAAGCGAUCACAUGGCCACAGGGGUCCUAAUUUAGUGUGGGGAGACUGUCUGGGCUGCAGGCAGUCUCCCCACAACCGGAGCAACACUGAUCGCCGCCGGGGGAACGACGGCGAUCAGGUAAGUAACUAAGACCGUUAGGACGGUUCAGGACCGUCAUCGGUCGGCAAAGCAAAAAUGUCGAUGACGGUCCUGAACCGUCCUCGGUCGGGAAGGGGUUAUUGUAUAUUGGCUAACCAUAACUAAAGUAAACUGUACACGUAGGGACUUGGGAUACCAAAUAAUUGUUUACUUAUGGAGAGUCCUUCACGUUUGUCUUUAUUAUUAUUAUUAUUAUUAUUACUACUACUACUACUACUACUACUACUACUACUACUACUACUGGCACUGGCAUUUAUAAAGCGCUAACAAAUUCCGCAUUGCUGUACAAUUGGGGAAAAAGACAAACACAAUAAGAACAGACCAAUGCAACUACUAUAACAUAUGGUAGGAACUCUUGUUGUACAGUUUGCUACUAAAUUGUUAAAAUGUUACCAUUUCUAUACUUGCAUGGACCACAUCAUAUAUGUUUUGCAGCUUUAGGGCUUUGCUCAGUGCAGAAGAUGCCGUCUGCAAAGGAGGCUGCGGAGCCCAGGUAAGUUGUCAGAAUAUUUGGUUACUUACAUUGAGAGGACUCUGGGAAACUCCUGGCAACAUAACCACUACCGCUGGCUUUAGUGGUUAUGUUGCUUGGAGUGUUCCUUUAAGUUGUGCUAAAUUUUUGUGAUAAGUAUAAGGCACAUUGAGUCCCCCCAACCCCAGAAUGUGUGAUUUUUCAAGAAGCUAGAGGUUGGAUUAACCCUGCAAUGUAAAAUAGCAGUUUUUCUAAAACUAUGUUUUCAUCUGAAGGGUUAAAACCUGGGGGACCUGGCACCCAGACCACUUCAUUGAGCUGAAGUGGUCUGGGUGACUUUAGUGUCCCUUUAAGAGCUGAUUUGGCAGCAAAAGGGGGACCUAGACGAUAUUGGAUGGUUUUAAUGUUGUACCUUAAUAGUGUGUAUACACAUGAAAUAAAUAUAUCAUAUAUUUUUUUUAGUUACAUAGUUACAUAGCUGAAAAGAGACUUGCGUCCAUCAAGUUCAGCCUUCCUCACGUUUGUUUUUUGCUGUUGAUCCAAAAGAAGGCAAAAAACCCAGUUUGAAGCACAAUUUUGCAACAAGCUAGGAAAAAAUUCCCUCUUGACCCCAGAAUGGCAGUCAGAUUUAUCCUUGGAUCAAGCAGUUAUUGCCCUACAUUGAAAUAUAUAUUGAAGUGGUUAGGUAUAGGACAUUACAAAAAAGCUAAAUGUUUCAAUUAUAUUACCAUAUUAAGAUGCAUGCUUUUACUUUUAAUAAGUAAAAGGACUGUCUCUUUUAAAUGUUUAUAUGUAUGUUUUGUUUUAAGAGACACUUCAUGAAAAAAAUAUCCAAAUUUUGACACCUCAUUGUAUACAGUCAUAAUCAGUGACACAUAUACACAUAGAUGCUGACACACACCUACAUGGACAUAUUUCCAUUUUUUUUAUUUUUUUUUUAAAAUCUCCUUCCUUUUAUAUCUCCUCAAUGAACCCCCAUAUCAUGUAUCUUGGUUUAACCAAUUACUCCCUCAUAAUCUGUCAUCCUAUUUAUGUUUCAAGUUUGCCCUGGUGUUGUGGUGGUGCUGUGUUCUCAGUACGAUCUGCUCUUUUUGCUUCAAGCAAAGUACAGAGAUGUCAUGCAGUGGCAGAAGCACUGACGUCUGCAGUUUCUACUCUGCCACAGCAUACAGUCUUGUAGAAGUGACCAUUGUUGCAGGCGGUGUCCCCAAUAAAUCAGUUUACAAAGUCUGAGACUACAUCACUAUGAAGCAUAUGUUUUGGGAAUAAAAAAUAAUGCAAUCAGCAGGUUCAGGAAACGCCAUAAUGAACAACAAGACUGCAUGCCGAGUGUCCCUGAAAUCCCAAUAUGACUUGCUUUUCCCAAAUAUAUUCUCUAUUAAUUUUUAAAAGAACACUAUAGCAUUAAAAUAUAAACCUGUAUCACUAAUGCUAUUGUGUCCCCAUCACUAGUUGUAUUCAGCCCCUACCUCAUAUAUAUAUAUAAUAUUUAUAUUAUUUUUUUUCUUCCAAUAAAUGUUUUACUCAGCACUGAGGCUCCUUCAGUGAUGCUCUUCUCUUCACCUCCUGCCCUGAUGCAAGAUGAGUAACUUUGGUCUGAGUAACAUUGGUGUUCCUGUAAUAUUAAUGUUAGAAGUAUUUUAAUCUUGGGUGAUGAUGAGCACAUGUAUGUUUUGGUUUCAUAGAUUAGUUAGAUGUAUUCUUCCUGGCAGAAGCUUCUACACACACCUUCAUUUAAAUUAAAACAUUUUCAUAAUUGAAGGCUAAUCACAUAUAUGCACACAAAUACAUAAACACUCAAUUCCUAGCACCUCUCUGGACAGUAGAGGGACUGAAUGAAGGGUGCCAACCACGAAUGUAUGAUGGCAUGACUCUGUCUUCCUUUAAACGGACAUUAUAGUCACCAAAACAACUUUAGCUUAAUGAAGCCGUUCUGGUGUAUAUGUCAUGCAUCUGAAGUUUUACUGCUCAAUUCACUACCAUUUAGGAGUUAAAUCACUUUUGUUUCUGUCUAUGCAGCCCCUGCCACACCUCCCAUUGUCUGUUACGCACACAGCCUGUAUGGGAAAAAAAAAAUGGUUUCAUUUUCAAUCAGAUGUAACUUACUUUAAGUCUCCUGCUCUAUAAAUUGAAAUUGAAUUAAAUACAGGGGGCUCCUAAAGGGUAUAGCAAGCUAUUAACCGUGCAGGAGAUAAAAAAUAAAAAAUAAAAAAAAUUCUUAAGUAAACAGAAUUUACAAUGAAGGAAGUAUAAACCUUAGAUCACUCUUUACAUGAAGUGUUUAGGAAGGCUGUGCAAGUCACAUGCCAUGAGGUGUGACUAGAAUGCAUAAACAAAGUUAUUUAACCCCUAAAUGUCAGAGAAUUUAGCAGUGACACUGCAGGGCCAUCAUCUUUAUACCAAAACUGGUUCAUUAAGCUAAAGUUGUUUUGGUGACUAUAGUGUCCCUUUAAUCUUAGGCCAACUAGAAGGGUGAAUGCAAGACAAUGUGUCCACAACCAAAGUUCUUACAGUGAAAACUAUAGAAAAUAACUUCCCUGCAGUAGGAGACGUUAUGUUGCCCCAAAGACUUCUUCUUUUCUUCAAAAACAAAGAUGUACAAAAGUAGGGGGUUGUUCUGCUAAAACAGUCAAACCAGAAUAUACAACACCAUAGUGUGUAACUGUUUUUAAACCAAAAAAAAAAUGCUCAAAUUGGCCACUCACAAUGUUGCAGUAGUUAUAGUACCUUUUAUCAAAGCUCCCAUCAAAGAGUUAAGGUCUUCCUUUUCCAGAUCACCAUAUAUCUUUAGUGUUUGUAUGUCAUCAUCCAUUUAAAGGACUAUUAUAGACACCCAGACCACUUCAGCUCAAUGAAGUGGUAUGGGUGCCAGGUCGCUCUAGUUUUAACCCUGCAGCUGAAGACAUAGCAGUUUCAGAAAACCUGUUUCACUGAGGGUUAAUCCAGCCUAUAGUGGCUGUCUCACUGACAACCGCUAGAGGCGCUUCCGCGAUUCUCACUGUGAAAAUCACAGUGAAAAGACGCUGGACGUCCAUAGGAGAGCAUUGAGUAAUGCUUUCCUAUGGGCAGUUUGAAUGUGUGUAGAUCUGGCGUCAGCAGGGGGUGGAGAGUUCCCCAGCACAGAGGGAGCCUGGCGCUGGAGAAAGGUAAGUGGUUGAAGGGGUUUCAACUCCUUCAGCCCAGCGGGAAGGGGGCCCUAAUGACCCUAUAGUGCCAAACUCGUUUUCCUGGCACAAUAGUGGUCCUUUAACCCCUUAAGGACCAAGCUUCUGGAAUAAAAGGGAAUCAUGACAUGUCAUGUGUCCUUAAGGGGUUAAAAAGAAAAUGGAAAUUGUAGUGCAAAUUGGCAAUGUGGUAUAAAACUAUUUAUUAAACUUACAUUAAGAGCAGCAGUUGUAGUAAUGUCACCUACUAGUAAAGUAGUAGUCAUCGAAUGCGUUUCGUCCAGUUCAGAGACUUGACUUUCACCAAUAACCGUAAACAAGGAGAUAUACACUGAACAAAACUCAAAAUGCAGUACUUGUGUUUUUGCCCCCAUUUUUCAUGAGUUGAACUCAAAGAUCUAAGACUUUUUCCAUGUAUACAAAAGGACUAUUUCUCUCAAAUAUUGUUCACAAAUCUGUCUAAAUCUGUGUUAGUGAGCACUUCUCCUUUGCUGAGAUAAUCCAUCCACCUUACAGGUGUGGCAUAUCAAGAUGCUGAUUAGACAGCAUGAUUAUUGCAAAGGUGUGCCUUAGGCUGGCCCAAAUAAAAGGCCACUCUAAAAUGUGCAGUUUUAUCACACAGCACAAUGUGACAGAUGUCGCAAGUUUUAAGGCAGCGUGCAGUUGUCGUGCUGACUGUCGGAAUGUCCACCAGAGCUGUUGCCUGUAAAUUGAAUGUUAAUUUCUCUACCAUAAGCCUUCUCCAAAGACGUUUCAGAGAACUUGGCAGUAUAGCCAACCAGCCUCACAACCACAGACCGCGUGUAGCCACACCAGCCCAGGACCUCCACAUCCAGCAUCUAUACCUCCAAGAUCGUCUGAGACCAGCCACCCGAACAGCUGCUGCAACAAUCGGUUUGCAUAACUAAAGAAUUUCUGUACAAACUGUCAGAAACCAUCUCAGGGAAAUUAAUCUGCAUGCUUGUCGUCGUCAUCGGGGUCUCGACCUGACUGCAAUUAGUCAUCAUAACCGACUUGUGUGGGCAAAUGCUCACAUUCGAUGGUGUCUGGCAAUUUGGAGAGGUGUCCUCUUCACGGAUGAAUCCCAGUUUUCACUGUACAGGCAGAUGGCAGACAGCGUGUAUAGCGUCGUGUGGCUGAGCGGUUUGCUGAUGUCAAUGUUGUGGAUUGAGUGGCCCGUGGUGGCGGUGGGUUAUGGUAUGGGCAGGCAUUUGUUAUGGACAGCGAACACAGAUGCAUUUUAUUGAUUGACAUUUUUAAUGCACAGAGAUACCGUGAUGAGAUCCAGAGGCCCAUUGUUGUUGUGCCAUUCAUCCACGACCAUCACCUCAUGUUACAAGGAUCUGUACACUAUUCCUGGAGCUGAAAACAUUCCUGUUCUUGUAUGGCUAGCAUACUCACUGGACAUGUCACUCAUUGAGCAUGUUUGGGAUGCUCUGGAUCGGUGUAUACGACCGCGUGUUCCAGGUCCUGUCAAUAUCCAGUAACUUUGCACAGCCAUUGAAGAGGAAGGGACCAACAUUCCACAGGCCACAAUCAACAACCUGAUCAACUCCAUGCGAAGGAGAUGUGUUGCACUGUGUGAGACAAACGGUUACUGAUUUUUUUUUUUUUUAAACUUCUCCCCUCCCCCAAUACUGUAAAACUGCACAUUUUAGAGUUGAUUUAGAUUGUAGCCAGCUUAAGGCACACCUUUGCAAUAAUCAUGCUGUCUAAUCAGCAUCUUGAUAUGCCACACCUUAGAGGUGGAUGGAUUAUCUCUGCAAAGAAGUGCUCAAUAACACAGAUUUGUGAACAAUAUUUGAGAGAAAUAGGCCAUUUCUGUUCAUAGGAAAAGUCUUAGAUCUUUGAGUUAAACUCCUGAAAAAUGGGGGCAAAAACAAAAGUAUUGCAUUUAUAAUUUUGUUAAGUGUAAAUAAACCCCCACCCAGUCCUUUUAUAAUCUUCUAAUUGUCCUUUAUUCACUCCAGAUACCGAUACUUGCUGGUUUCCAGAGUGCACUGACGUCAUUGUGCAUGGCGCGCAGUGAUGUCAUGUGUUCCUUGCUUGAAACCCGUAAGUCACUAUAUUCCAGCUGCAGGAACACAUGACAUCACUGCGCGCCAUGCACAAUGACGUCAGUGCACUCUGGAAACCAGCAAGUAUCGGUCUUGGUGUUGCCCAAGGUUGGCGAUCCUGUGAUUCACAGUAUCAGUCACAUCAUGCUAUCAAGUUUUUAUUGAGCAGUGUUAAAAUAAACAAAACAAACCGCACACACUUAACUAACAUUACAUUAGCACUCCGUAGUAUGUGCAAAUUGUUGCACUUUAACUACAUUUACCGUCAUAUCACAUCAGCCGUUAUACCUAUCCACCAAACUAACCAUACUCCGUUACGCAUUCACAUAACUAGCUAAACACACAUUUUUGCAUAUAGUAUGUCAAAGGGUUCCACAGGAAAAAUUAAUUGGGGAAACCCUGCUCUACAACAACGUGAGAGACUGAAAGUCAUAUAGCAAACAAUUACUUCAUGUUAUUGCUGUGGUUCUACAAGCUAUUGAAUCAUAUGGUGUACUCAGUUUUUCCACACAUGGAUUCUUAAUUUUGGCUUUAUUCUUGAUAGAUAAAUCAUAACACAGUGUAAUAUGUUGUGGUGGUGGUCAUCUGUGGUUGUGUAUACCUACUUUUAAGACAUGUUAAGGUACAGAUGAUUAUGUCCUGAUAAGUAAAACCAUUGAAUUCAUGCGUAUGUAUAUAAGUGUGUAUGUAUGCAUAUGUGUGUAUACAUAUAAUAUACAUACACAAAUCUCCUCAUGCAUAUUGUCCUGUUAGUAAUAACUGUUGAUGGUGAGGAGAGAAAGUAUAACAAACAUGUAUUCCUCACACUUUGUCUCUGCCACUGUUUAUAUAGGUGUCCAUCCCCCUUGUGUGUUUUACUUAACUUUUACAGCAAACUCUGCAUUUGUCCAGUCCAUUGCUACUUAUAGAGGAGUAUUCGCUACGUGAUGCACAUCCAAGACAUUUAAAUUUUUUUUAUUUUUUUUUACGUUGUAGGGUUGGAAGGAUAGGACCACUUUUAUUCUAUUGAAAUGAAGUAGCCUUGUCAAUUGUAGUUAGAAGUUCUUUAAGUGCAAGGGAACCCUGGAGCUGUCUUUGCCACAGAACAUGCAGAGAUGGCCCACUUAUUUACAGCUUCUGGUUGUUGGUCAUUGAGUAAAUUUUCCAAUUUGUGUCACCGUGAAUUUGUCAAGCUCUGCUAUUAAAUUUUCUGUAGAUAAGAAAUACAAUACCCUACAAAACUGUUAAGUUGUUUAACCCCUUCAGGACGGUUCAGGACCAUCCUCAGCAUUUUUGCGUUGCCGACCGAGGACGUUCCUGAACCGUCCUAACGGAAAACGGGCUGCGGGAGCGAUCGGAGAUCACUUCCGCCGAAAUCCCGUUGUUACUCUCUGCCCGGCAUCCCAGGCAGAUAGUAACAGCCAAUUGCGGCAUGUGAGCGAUCCACGGUCGCUCACAAUUUUUCUGGUGUCAAAGUGGGUGUUACAAACACUCACUUUGACCCUGAUCUCUGCCUCUCUCCACUCUGUAGUGUUUUGUGAGGGGAGAUAGACAGAGAUCGAUAGUUUGUUGCAGCAGGUGUUUCAGAAAGUAUUAAAAAGUAUCAGCAGUGAAUAAAAAUCCAGUUUUAACCCCUUCCCUGCUAGAUCUGUUACAGACAGUACGUUUGUACUGUCUGUAUUUUUUUUUUGACCUUAAGGGUUAACUUUAUUUUAAAAAAUCUGUGUCUUAGACUGUCUUAGUCAGUCAGUUUCCUUCCCCCAAAUCUCCAUUAGAUUCUUCUUAGAGGAGUUAGUUUAGGGAUUACUGUUUUAGUCUGUUUUGGUGUAAAAAAAAAAAAAAAAAUUAUGUUUAGUAUUUUGUUUAGUCUGUUAGUGUGAAACAUGCAGCGCAUGUACAGCUUGGAAUAGGCAUAUGCCUUCUUGGCGUCAGACUCUGACACCACUGACACUGCGUCCGAUUUUUAACCCAGGUCAGUUUAGCGGCACGUCUAGUGACGUUAUCUGUGUGUGAGCCAGCUGCUAAAAGAAGCUGUGCUUCCCCUGCUACGCCGAAUGUGGAGGAGGACUGGGUACCUCCACAGUCAGCUGAGCCCAACAUCCCCCCCUUUUUAGUGCCAACGCAGGCAUCAAUGUGAAUGUGGUUGACUUCUCCCCUAUACAAUAUAUGGAGUUAUUUUUAGGGGAUACCAUCUGGGAGGAGAUUGCUUCCCAGACUAAUUUAUACGCUAGCCAAUUUGAGACCAAUCCAGGUAGCUAUACAGUCAGGGAGCAUGCUUGGCAUCCCACAGAUGUCCCUGAACUUAAAACAUUCUGGGCUCUUACCAUGCUCAUGUGGAUAAUAAAGAAGCCAUCAAUCCGCUCUUACUGGAGCACCAACCCAAUUUGUUCGACUCCUAUAUACUCCCAAACAAUGCCUAGACAGGGAUAUGAGCUGCUGCUGAGAUACUUACAUUCCAACGACAAUACGCUCUGUCACCCCAGAUAUCACCCCCAAUAUGAUAGGCUUCAUAAAAUAGGCCCACUGGUAGACCAUCUUCAGAACAGAUUUUCUGAAGUUUAUACUCUCCAACAAAAUGUAUCUAUUGAUGAAUCCCUUAUGAAAUAUAAAAGGAGAUUAGGGUUCAAACAGUAUAUCCCCUCAAAGCGGUCUAGGUAUGGCAUUAAAGUGUACAAACAUUUGCCUUUCGUGUAUACGAGGGGAAAGAUGCUCAACUGAACCUUCCUGGCUGUCCUGACUCUCUGGGGACAAGUAGGAAACUUGUUUGGGACCUACUGAUCCCCUUGUUCAAUAAGGGUUACCACCUUUAUGUGGACAAUUUUUACAGCAGUGUCCACUUGUUUAAAAUUCUUUAUAGUUUGCAGACACUGGCCUGCAGCACUGUAAGAAGAAAUGCCAAGGAUUUCCCCAAACCUCUCAUAGAGGCUAAAUUAAAAAAAGGUGAAUGCAAAGCUCUGUGCAAAGCUGAACUGCUUGCGCUAAAAUUUAAGGACAGGAAGGAUGUUCACAUGCUGACAACCAUCCAUAACGAAGGCAUGUCAGACGUCACUGUCCGAGGCAGGGUACAGACAAAACCGGUUUGCGUCAGGGCUUAUAACAGGCAUAUGGGGGAUGUUGAUUGAUGCAGCUUAAGAAAGACAAAAUCCUGGUAUAAAAAGGUGGCUAUCUACCUGUUGCAAGUAACAACACAUAAUUCAUUUUUAAAAAAAAUGAAUCAAGGAAGAACCACCUAUCUCCAAUUUCAGCUCAAGCUGAUUUCCACAAUAAUUUAUGGAGAUGGUCAAGUUCCAACAACGGUGCAAGAGGAGUCUAGACAUUUUAUUUUUAAGAUACCGCCAACACCCAAAAAAAAAAAAAAAUCCCCAGAAACGUUGCCGGGUCUGUUAUAAAAAGGGAAAAGGACAGACACCCCUUUGCACUGUCCCGAUUGCCCUACAAAACCUGGACUGUGUAUUGGAGCAUGUUUUAAGGUCUACCACACAGAAAAUACAUUUUUAUAAUACUUGUUACUGAUUUUUAUUUUAUUUUUAAUUUUUUUUGAAAGCAGCAAAUUUCUGUUAGUCAGUAUCCUUCCCCCAAAUCUCCAGUUUGAUUCUUUUUGCAGGAGUUAGUUUACAGAUUGCUGCUAACGGAAGCUUUAGUCUCAUUUAGUCAGUUUUUAUAAGUUUUAGUCUGUUUUUAGUAUAAAAUUUAAAAAAAAUUGUGUGUUAGUAACUCUGUGUUAGUCAGACUCUGACGCCACUGACCCUGCGUCUGAUUUUGACCCAGGUCAAUUUUCUGACACAUCUAGUGACAUGUCAUCUGUGUGUGAGCCGGCUGCAAAAAGAAGCUGUGCUUUCUCUGCUACGCCGAAUGUGGAGGAGGAACGGGUUUCUCCACAGUUAGCUGAGCCCCAAAUCCCCCCCUUUUAGUGCCAACACAGGCAUUAAUGUCAAUGUGGAUGACUUCUCCCCUAUGCAAUAUAUGGAGCUAUUUUUAGGGGAUACCAUCUGGGAGGAGGUUGCUCCCCAGACUAAUUUAUAUGCUACCCAAUUUAUUGAUACCAAUCCAGAUAGCUAUGCAAUUUGUUCGACUCCUAUAUACUCCCAAACAAUGCCUAGACCAAGAUAUGAGCUGCUGCUGAGAUACUUACAUUCUAACGACUAUACGCUCUGUCACCCCAGAGAUCACCCCCAAUAUGAUAGGCUUCAUAAAAUACGCCCACUGGUAAACCAUCUUCAGCACAAAUUUACUGAAGUUUAUACUACUCAAAAAAAUUUAUCUAUUGAUGAAUUGUUAAUGAAAUAUAAAGGGAGAUUAGGAUUCAAACAAUACAUCCUCUCAAAGCGCUUUAGGUAUGGCGUAAAAUUCUACAAACUGUGCGAGAGCGAAAGUGGCUAUACAUUUGCCUUUCGUAUAUAUGAGGGGAAAGAUGGUCAACUGGAUCCUCCUGGCUGUACUGACUCUCUGGGGACAAGCGGGAAACUUGUUUUUGACUUGCUGAUCCCCUUGUUCAAUAAGGGUUACCACCUUUAUGUGGACAAUUUUUAUAGCAUUGUCCAUUUGUUUCAAACUCUUUAGGGUUUCUAGAUACUGGCCUGUGGCAGUGUGAGAAGAUAUGCCAAGGAUUUCCCCAGACAUUUUUAUAGAGGCCAAAUUAAAAAAAAAAGUGAAUGUAAAGGUCUGCACAAAGCUAAAGUGCUUGCAAUAAAAUUUAAGGACAGGAAGGAUGUUAAUAUACUAACCACCAUCCAUGACGAAAGCAUGUCAGACGUCACUGUCCGAGGCAGAGUACAGACCAAACCUGUUUGCAUCACGGCUUAUAAAAUGCACAUGGGGGUGUUGAUUUGGCUGAUCAGCUGAUGCAGCCAUAUCUUAUCUUAAGAAAGACAAAAGCCUGGUAUAAAAAGGUGGCUAUCUACCUGAUGCAAGUAGCAACACAUAACUCAUUUUCACUCUUUAAAAAAAUCAAUCCUGAAAGAACCACCUUUCUCCAAUUUCAUUUCAAGCUGAUUUCCACAAUAAUUUAUGGAGAUAGUCAAGUUCCAACAACGCUGCCAGAGGAGUCCAGACAUUUUAUUUUUAAGAUACCGCCAACUGCAAAAAAAAAACAAAUCCCCUGAAAUGUUGCUGGGUCUGUUAUAAAAAAGGGAAAAGGACAGACACCCCUUUGCACUGUUUUUUUUUGUUGUUUUUUUUUGAAAGCAGCACAUUUUAGUUAGUCAGUUUCCUUCCCCCAAUUAUCCAGUUAGAUUCUUUUUGCAGGAGUUAGUUUAGAGAAUGCUGCUAAAGGUGCAUUUGAUACCUGCACAUUUGGUUAAAGUUUUAUGGUAGUAACAUAUAACUGGCUGGCCAAAACCAGAUGACGUGUGCAUGAAAAGCAGAAUUCUAAAAUUACCACCAUGCACGUUCUCUGAAACUUGUUUAGCACAAUGGUUGGGGGAAGGAUGUGAAAACACCUCAUAUACAAUACCCUGGAAUGUCUGCUUUAUAAAAAUAUAAACUUUCAUGAUGUUAACAUUAACAAGGGGGAUGCAAAAAUAUGCCAAACUGAAGAUAGGCCAAGCAUACCUAUAUAUCAAGUUGAAAAACUGAUAUGUACAAGUCUCGAUUGUGGCCUUUUAACUCCCAAACAACCCAGCAAACCUGUGCAUGGAUGAUAUCACUGUACUCAGGAGAUGUUGCUGAACACCUAUUGGGGUGUGGUUUGGCAGUGAUACAUAACAGGAUCUGUUAAUUCAUGCCUAAAGUACAAUGUAUGUGUAAAAAAACACGAAUAAAAUUACUACCCAAAAGUUUGCCAAAGGCUGGUGGUAGAAUUAUUGCAUGAAAAGUAUUAAACUACCACCAUUUAAAACUAAGACUAACUUCACCUUCAGAAACAUUCAGGUUGUUAACUAUUGUGAGAAUUGUCAGGAAUUCAAAGUGAAUUAAAACAGAAUUUCAUAUUAAAGGUCAACAGCCAAACUGGAAGCAUAGUAGACUUUUUUUUCCCAGUUUGGCUAUGUAUACCUUCUAGUUAAAAUUCACUUUGAUUUCUUGGGAAUUCUGACUGUAGUAAAUUACCGUGAUUGUGUGUGCAGACCUAUGUGAUUUCAAAGUAGACUUGUCCUCCAGAAAAGAUGAUUUGUUUCAUCUAUAUAUUCUGUCAAUAAAAUCACCUACAAAUGGUUAUGUUACAGCAUGUACAUCAAACUUGUUUUAAUCUCCUUCAAAAUUGUCUGUGUAGUGAAGUGUAAAUAACUGAAUGCAGCCAAAUGGUUGAUUAUUGAUGUAUUGUUGCAAGUGUUGGGGAAACAAGUGAAUACACAUCCCCUUGGUGGCAAUAUAUGUAGUUUUCAUCCUACUGCUUAUGCAGCCAACAGGCAUAAUAAACCCUUGUACACUUUAAUAACAUGUCCUCUUUCAUUUUAAUGGAAUGUUGGUAUCACAGUGUAUGUAUAAAGUUUGAUAUAUUGGAACUAGGAUCCCGUUUGUUACACUUGAAGAAAACUCAUUCGUUUUGUCUGAGAGGUUGUGGGAAAUAGUUGUAAUUUGUCCUUCCAUAUGUAUUUGUUUAGUGUUCUGUUAGUGUAUGCAAAAUAACAUUCGAGUAAGGCAUUGGGUUAAACUUUAAGAUGGCAAAUGUUGAAAUAUCUGUACAUCUCGGGUGACUGUUAAGUAGAUGAAGUAGAAACAGGGUGGGGGAGCAGUGGGAGGAACAACCAUGCUUCCUCUUGCAGUCUCUAACUGGGCAAUUCUCUAUAAGUGCCAGCGUGCUGUGCACCCUGACUAGGAUGCAUUUAAUGCAAAGAACUGACAUUUGGGUACCCGUAGCUCUUUCAUGACUGCCACAGUCAUGUGUGCAAGGAGUGCAACUAGCCUCUGGCACACAAGUGCAAAUAACCCUGCUUGUGCAGUAUUUCAGAUGCAAUUCAAAUGACUGAAUAUUGAAGUGGUCAUGGUGGUUGAGCUACUCCUAACUGUAAUCUUAUUGUUGUAAAUUUAAUCCGAUACCUAUAACAGUAGACUGAUUUUUAUAAAUGUGUUCUAAUAUAUAGAGCUUUUAUCCAGAGCGAUUUACAAAUUUUUUAAGAAUUUUGAAAUGUAUCAUAGGUAGGUUUAAAGACUUAGGUUUAUGCACCCUAAGAAAAGUUCACAUCUUAUAUAAUUCUAACUGUAUAGAACAUUUUUUUUUUUUUUUACAAAAUUGCGAUGAAACGCUUAAAGGACGACCCAGGGUACCAUAACAGCUUAAUUUCAAUUAAGUUCUUAUGGUGCCAGGAGGUGCCGGGCGCAGGCAAUCCUGAAGGGAUAAACAAAUAGUUUUACCACAAAGUCUUCAAUCUGGUGCUCAAUUGUUCUGACCGUUCAGCUGGCACCCUGGACUGCAUCACACCAUAACAACUUUGUACUGAUAAUGCGGUCGUGAGUGGAUUGAUCCCUUUUAAAGUGAUCAUCUUCAGUGAGGCAAAAUAUGAUCAAUUACAGUUAUAUAGUUUAAUUUUAAAAAAUUGUAAAAUUAAAAAAAGACUCCUGUCCAUUGCAAUAUUUGUUUACACAUAUUUUCAUGCUGUUGAUCAAAAGGACAAUUAGGAAUAUGAGGGGAAUUAUAGGAAAUAUUUUUUUCAGAUGUGAAUUAUUGAGAAGGUUGUGAGAUAGUUGGCCAGUAAUAGCUGGUGAUUUCAACUAAAGCAGUUGUGUGUGUGUGUGUAUGUGUUUGUGUGUGUUACCCACACAAAGAUAAUUCUUUACUGUAUCUAAUUGCACCAUCAUAUACCUCCUUUUAGCCGCGAGGCAAACAAGGCAUUUGCCUUGGGCGGCAUUUUCCAGGGGGCGGCAAAAAACGCCGCCCCCAAAUGCCCAAGGCAAAUGCCUUGUUAGCCUUGCGGCUAACUGACAUGCUGGGCUGGGCGGGCGGCUGGCGAGGGAGCUCUUCCUCUGAGCGGUAUAUGACGUCAUAUUCCGGCUCCCAGCUUCACUCUGCAGCGUGCGAGGGAGCUGAGCAGACAGAUCAGGGGAAGUGCUCCCUCGCCAUCGCCACCCGCCCAAGCAGCCACUGGACCCCAGGGAGAAAGAGAACACUCAGCGAUCGUGUAUGUGUGUUUCCAGCAUACAAUGGUGUAUUACCUGGCACAGAAAGUGGGGAGGACUUGUAAAGGCUGCAGACAACAGAUCUGCAGCUUCUGCAAGUUUGGUUUUUGGUUUCCUCCUCAUAUCCUUAACUCCUUCCCGACCGCAGACGGAAAAUUUCCGUCAACCUUGUCCUUUGGUUAAGGACCGUUGACGGAAAAUUUCCAUCAUUUACUAAAGUUAACCCCAGAUCGCGGGGUUAAUGGCGCUCCGGUCUGCCUCUGUAUUAGCGGCAGACCGGGAGCACCCGAUCGGGCUGCCCCAGCACUGGUGCUUGCUCUGACAGGCUGUCAGAGCGAGCACAUGUGCUCAGUGUACUUACCUUCCACCUCCGUGCACUUCCGGGUUCUGUGUGAAGUGCAGGGAGACGGAUCAGAGCUGAUCCUCUUCUCCCUGUGUGUAAAAUAAAAUGAAGUUAAAUCCCACCCCCUUUCCCCUGCUUUAAGAAAAUUAACCCCUUCCCUGCCAAUUGAUCACAGACUACAGUGAUCAAUUGGCAGGGUAUAUAUUUUAAUGUCAUCUGAUUUAUUUAUUUUAACCCCUGAGGGGGUGUGUGUGUGUGUGUGUGUGUGUGUAAUAUAUAUAUAUAUAUAUAUAUAUAUAUAUAUAUAUAUAUAUAUAUAUAUAUAUAUUAUUAAUUCAUUUAAAUAUUUAAAAAUUAUAUAUUUAGCUAGCUGGGAUGGGUGGACGUUAUUGGGGAAUUUGGUGUUAGGCUAACUAUGGGUUAACGUUAAAAAAAGUUUUAAAAUAAGCUUUGAAAAGGUAAAAAAAGGUUUUAAAAAAAUGUUUUAGUAAUGUUUUAAGUAAAAAAAACAAAACACCCCCUUUACCCAGUCUAAAUAAAAAUUAACCCCUUCCCUGCCAGUUGAUCACUGCCUACAGUGAUCAAAAUACAGAUCACAGUAUUAUACUGUAAAAUCUCUUUUAACCCCUGAGGAUUAACUUUUAUUUAUUUUUUAACCCUCAUGGGUUCAAAUUAAUUAAUUUAAAUAUUUUAUAAUUUUUAUAUAUAUAUUUUUUUUAUAUUUAUAUAUUUAUAUAUUUUUUAUAUAUAUAUAUAUAUAUAUAUAUAUUUUUUUUUUUAUAUAUAUAUAUAUAUAAUAUUUUGCUAGCUGGAGUGGGUGGGAGUUAUGGGAAAGGGGGGAAUUUACUGUUAGUGCUGCUUACUGCUAGUUAGGGGUUAACGGUAAAAGAAAAGUUUAGAAAAAAAUGUAAAAGUGUAAAAAAAGUUAAGAAAGUGUAAAACAUUUAAUAAGUAAAAAAAAAGUUUCAAAACGGGUUUUACAAAGUAAAAAAAGUUUUACAAAGUAAAAAAAUACAUUAAAAAAUGCUCAUUACCACUACACUUGGUACAAGCUAGCGGAAAAAUGAUCCCACGCUAAGGUUCAAAAUAGGCCUUUUGAAAUACCCUGGGAUGUCUUCUUUAAGAAAUGGUAUGGCUUUAUGGGGUAUUUGGAUUAUAUAGCCUCGUAAAAUACUCUAAAAUGCGACAUGGGCACAGUGUAAAAAUGUAAAGUUUGAAAAGAACUGGAAUGGCUGUGUCCCAAAUGUGCCCCUCCGAUGUCCACAUAUACCAGGCAAAGGUACAUACGGGGGUAUUGCUGUACUCAGCCGACAUAGCUGAGCAACAUAUGAAGUAUUAUACAGUCGUAGCACACAUAUGAUUUGCAAAAUAUACUGCGCAAACUCACUUUGUGUGUCAAAAAGGCGCAAAAACGCUUAUCACCACUACACUUGGUAGAAGCUAGUGGAAAAAUUAUCCCAAGCUAAGGUUCAAAAUAUGCCUUUUGAAAUACCCUGGAAUGUGUUCUUUAAGAAAUGGUAUGCCUUUAUGGUGUAGUUGUAAUAUGUAGCCUACUCAAGUGCUCCAAAGUCGGACACGGACGCAUCAAAACCCUCCAUGAAAAUUCACACUCAAAAACCUUAACUUGUCACGUCUCUUUUACAGCAGUGUAACUUCACAAAAUAGUGUAUUGGGCAUAUUGUUUUACUCAGAAGAUUUAGCUGAGCAUAAUUUGGGGGGUUUGAACUUAGUGGCACAUAUGAAAUGUACAAAAUGCCCAGCAAAAAUGUAAUCCGUAUGUAAAAAAAAAUGCCCAAAAUUAUUUUUUACCACAUACUUUGGCAUAUAUUGGUGAAAAAAUGGGGGCAUGUUCAGGCACAAUAUGCACCAUAUGAGAUACCCUGGAGUGUAUACUUUUACCAAUGGUAGGCCUUUGUGGGUUUUUUGGUUGUUUUUUUUUUUUGAAUAGUCAAACUGCUAUAAUACCCCAAAUUGAAGCAUAGGCCCAUUAAAUCCACCUCUCAAAAUUCUACAGUAAAUGUUGAAACGGACAGGUCUCCUGUAUGGCACUGUAGCUUCAUGAAAUAGUGCCAAAGAAAUACAAUGGGGGUAUCGUUGUACUCAGCAGAAGUAACUGAACGCAAAAUAAAACUUUGUACAGGAAUAGCACACACCAAAUUUACAAAAUACCCAUGAGAAGUUCUUUGUUAUAAUUUUGUGUGCCAAAAAUACAAAAUUUUACUCCAAUCUUUAGCAGAGAUUGGCGGUGAAAUGGCUACGUAGAAAGUGUCAAAACAACCUUAAGACAAUAGCCUGUGAUGUCUAAUUUAUAUAAAUAUAUACUUUUGUGUGGCAAUUUUGUUUUCUUUUAUGGCUAUUAACCUUACAAGACAAACAUACCAAAUUCUAAAAUCGCUCCACAUUAAAAGUUUAUUUUACUCCUUGUGCUUUGUGACCUGUAACUACCAAAAAAAAAACUUAAAAUCCCAGACACAUUAUAUAUUCUGUAAAUCAGAACAACUAAAUGAAUUUAUUUUUAAUUACUUUCUUUAACCUGCACUAAUUAGGCACACAUUAUUGCAAAAACUGUACAAAAAACACAUUCAUUUUUUUUUUUGCCUUUUUCUGUAUUUUCUUUUUUUUUAAUACUAAAUAAGUGUGUGUGUGUGUGUGUGUGUGUGUGUAUGUAUGUAUGUGUGUGUGUGUUGGUUACAUCAAAUUAAAGCACUUUCUGUCCUUUAAAAAAAACAGUAUAUAAUAUGUGUCGGUGCAAUAAACGAGAGGGAUGCAAAUUGCAGUUGAACGCAUACAGCAAGAAAAUGCAGAAAUUGCUUGUGUCAUUAAAGGACCACUCUAGGCACCCAGACCACUUCAGCUUAAUGAAGUGGUCUGGGUGCCAGGUCCUUCUAGGGUUAACCCAUUUUUUCAUAAUUACAGCAGUUUCAGAGAAACUGCUAUAAUUAUGAAUGGGUUAAGCCUUCCCCCUAAUCCUCUAGUGGCCGUCUCAUUGACAGCCACUAGAGGCGCUUGCGUGCUUCUCACUGUGAUUUUCACAGUGAGAGCACGCCAGCGUUCAUAGGAAAGCAUUGUAAAUGCUUUCCUAUGAGACCGGCUGAAUGCGCGCGCAGCUCUUGCCGCGCGUGCGCAUUCAGCCGGCGGGGCGUAACGGAGGCGGAGAGGAGGAGGAGAGCUCUCCGCCCAGCGCUGGAAAAAGGUAAGUUUUUACCCCUUUCCCCCUUCCAGAGCCGGGCGGGUGGGGGCACCCUCAGGGCACUAUAGUGCCAGGAAAACGAGUGUUUUCCUGGCACUAUAGUGGUCCUUUAAGCGUAAGACAAGCUUCUGAAGCUGUGUCCUUAAGGGGUUAGAAAACAAACAAACAUGCAGAAUAUAAACAUCCAUGUUUUAUUUAGGUUAGAUCUAAUGAAUUGGUAAAAAUAAAAUUGAAAAGUGGUGUGUUCUUUUAAAUGUUUGAAUCAUAUCCUGUGGACAUUCCUGAUCUGCCUGUUAUACAUUACAUCCUGUUAAUUAUACACAUGAUCUACACAGAGUUUGAGUGAUAUGUUACCUGCCUGUUCAAACUUUUUGAGCCAUCAUUGACAUAGCUGUGAGGAAACUUUUAGAACUAUGGGCUAUGUAUAUAAUGUUCAGCAUUGCUUGGAAUUUCAGUCCCCUUCCUUCCCUCCUGUACUUUCGUGUUGGAUACAUUGUCUGCAUUCUGGUGCAAUUGAACUGAAGAUUAGUGGUUCCUAUCAUUUCAGCGCUGGAUAGAGUGCAGUCCAAGAAGGAUGGAGGCUUUAAGAAUAGCUGGACAUAUGACAAUUCAGAAGAAAAUGAAAUUGACGUUGAAAAAGAGUAAGUCCAUCCCACCUCUUAUUAUUUUUGGUGAUUAGAAGUAGUAUUUGUUAGAGCAGUUUUAUUUUUGUACUUUUUAAUUUUAUAUUAUAGUACCAGUUUAUUAAUUUUAUACAUGCAUUCAAGCAGCACAAACUUCCUCAUUGAAGGUGGCAAAGCCAGCAUUUCUGCAUCAGAAUGUAUUGACUUUCCAUAGACCGCGCAUGUUCUGUGAUUGCUAUGUUUGGGAGAGCAGAAAGACCACUUGUGUAUCACUUUCUGUAUCACACAGCUAGGUUACAAUGCUGCGGCCCAUCCCAUGUGUUCCCUAUUAAGGGUUAACAAGUAUAUAGGGGUGUAUAUAAAAAAAUACCCCUUUCUGUCUCAUUAGACCUACUGUCCCUUGUGAACUAAUGCCUCAGACAGUCAGUGUCUGCCAGGGCAUUGACAGAGCUAGGAGAAAAACCCAUUUUUAUAUAGGUUUUUCUCCCACUCUGUACAUUUGCUAGCAAAACUGCUAGCACAAUGUAUAAUUGAAAUUGUAUGCUCUUUCCAAAAAGCAUAAACAAAAAUUGCACUAAAAGUAUCUUUUAAUGAGUUUCAAUUUGGUUUGAUUUACCAUUUCCCAUUAGCCAUCAUUCCGAAGGCUAAUGGUAAACGAAAUCUUCUAACAUGAUAAGAAGUAGGUGCCGAUGCUCAUACAAAAGAAAAUAUGUAGAGGAGUCCAUAGUUUUGUGAGAACUUCAGUAAACCACUGUUUCACACUUUUGUGAAUGCACAAGACUACAAAAAAAGUUAGCUCUUGGUAGCUUCACCUCUGAAGAACUGUAGAGUGGAACAAUUCAGCUGACAUUUUUCACAUGUACAAGAUGGAAUCGCUCCCCGCAACUAAGGGAGUCGCACCACCCGUUUUCUUUUUUUCUUUUUUAUGAUACUCAUGUAUAAUACCAAAUUAAUCUGCCUUUUCCUAAUCUAGUAUUUUUUUUUUGUCUUUAUUUGUGUUAUCUGCAGCGAGGCGAAACUGCUCACUGUAGAGGAAAACGAUGGUGUUGACUUUCCUGAACACAGGGUGAGUGAUCUAAUCAUUUCCAUUGACUGCAUCGAUUGUGUAUUGAACACCAAUGUGUAUCUACAGUUGUCAGUGUGUUACAGAGAAAUUGUUCAUUGCCAAGCAGUAGAAGUACUGUUAUCCCUUUUACCUUGCAGUACUGCAAUAGCAGUUACUGCAAUUGUUACUUAAUGAAACUGAAUACUUUUUUUUUUUUUUUUUAUGUAAUAGAAAUGUUUUUAUAUGGAAAGCAAAGAGUACAUUUAUUACUUUGUGUUAAAUUAUUACAGGUUUCUUUCAAAAGAAGUUUAAAAAGUUAUUCUUAAAUCAAUAAUGUGUUUUUCAGAUCAUCACGAUCUGUUUAAACUAUUCGGGGUUAAGCAUAAUAAUCAUAAUAACUUAAACCUCUGCGAUUAGAGUUGCAGUAGUAAAGUUUCGACAUAAAUGGUUUCAUGCACAAGUGUUUGGAUUCAAAUAUAGCUGCGCUUUCAAAGAGUUAAGAGCGAAGUUUUAUAACUACUCACUGCCUCUAUGCUGUGCACUAUCUGGGUAGGAAAGAGAGCAGCCUUUCAGUGCUAUAAUUCAAAUGAACAGGAACACAAAGUAACAGACGGUGGUUGUGUAUGACUGCACAAGGCUGCCUGAAAUACUGAGAGGUAGGCAAGAGCACACUGUGUUAUCUUGAUUAAACAAGCCAUUUAAACACCUACACACACUUUCUUUUGUUAAUAUUUUGUUGGCAGAUAUUUGCUCUUCCUUGCAUCUGUGGUGCUUUAUUUUACUCUGGUGGUAAACGAGACAUGGAAGUUCUUAUUUCAUAUUUGAUCAAACAGUGACCUGCAUGUUAAAUUCAUGUGUGCUUGUUUCUGUCUAAUUAGCAGUAUGCUGUCUAUUUUUGUGCAGUCCAGGCAUUUCCGGACUCUUGGAGACUCUGUUAGAACAUAUGAGAGGAGGGGAAGAACAUUACAUCCGCGACAACUACGAGGCAAUGCAAUUGGAGCCAACAUGUUGGGAGCAAGCAAGAAACUUGUGUAUAGUUUAUUUAUCAACUAUCGAUACAUGUCAAUUGUCAUAUAAAUGCUGCAUCAACUAUUCAUCAUACCCAUAGCAAAUUUUAUAAUCUUAAAAUAAUUUACUUGUCAAAAUUAUUUUAUACUUGGGAAGCAUUCACUUUGGUGCAAAUAUAUUAGCGAAAUGUGCUUUUCAGCUUUUGUUUCCUUUUUAAAUUACUAAACAAAUAACCUUCUAGAAUCAGUUCUAUAUAUGUGUUUUGUUUUUAUUUUGUUGGUUUUGUAAAAUAUAUUUUAAUAUAUUCUGCAAAAAAAAAAUUCUACCUUUUCAGAGAAAAUGUUCAAAACUUUGCUUAUAGUCCUGGAACAAGAGUGCAAGGAAGAUUAUUUCAUCACACGAGCAUCCAGCAGUCAACUGUAAAAACCGCUGCUCAAAGGUAUAAUAUACAGGCUCAGUCUUGAGUGUUCCACUGGUCCCUUUCAGAAUGUAAAAGUUGAUGUUCUCUCUACUUAAUAAAGCCUGUUUGUUGUUCUUCACUCAGAUUCUAAAUGAUUUCUGUGUAGGAGGGCACAGUGAAAGAACAAAAGAAAAAAUAGCAUUUCUGUACAGUCUUUUUAAUAGGCUAUUUUAAAGUGAAUUUUAGCUGUCGUUAAUUACACAGUAAUUGUUCUCUAAAAUUAAAUAACCAGAAAAAAGAAACUCUUCAAACGCACAUAACAUUUUAGUUUUAAAUUUGUUCAUUUAUUUAUAUACAAAAGAAAAUAUGUAGAGGAGUCCAUAGUUUUGUUAGAACUUCAGUAAACCACUGUUUCACACUUUUGUGAAUGCACAAGACUACAAAAAAUGUUAUAAAAAAUAUAUAUAUUUUAUAGUCUAUUUAAACCAGUAAACAAUAAAUAAUUAUAUAAUGCGCCACUAACAGUUAAAUACAAAUAUACACCAUUUUGAGAAUUUCAUGCUUGGAUGAUUCCUCUUGUGAUGCCAGUUGCAGAAAACUGGCUCUCCUUAGUGAUCAAUGUGGGUUUCGUCCAUGAUCACAAUUAGAUAAUUGUGUAUAUGUACAGAAUCCAUGUGAAAGUUAGAAAUUGUAAAAUGCCCUGUCUGUGACUUUGCUUUUUCAAAAGGACAGAAAUUGCAUAAUAUCAUUAUGCAAAUGAACAACAUAAAUAAUAUAAAUAUCCUUGACUACAAAUAGGUCCUUCUCACUAGGAGCUCAUACCUAAACCAGAAUGUUGGGGGUUGGGGUAUCCAACCUUUAUAGAAAUCAAAACUUUGCAAAAUAGCAUUACAAGUAAGCACCAUCAAAAGAAGGGAAAUAAACCGUCAUACAGUUAAAAAAGGCUUAUGAUGCAGUGUAUCAAUACACAAUGUGAAUUAUAAAAAUUGGUAUCCUACUUACAAUUUCCAGAGAAAUGACUUGCUCUGGUUGGAGGAACUUUGGUGGUAUUAUGAAGUCUGUGUGUGUGUGUGUGUGUGUGUGUGUGUGUGUAUAUAUAUAUAUAUAUAUAUAUAUAUAUAUAUAUAUAUAUAUAUAUAUAUAUAUAUAUAUAUAUAUAUAUAUAUAUUUAUUAUGUGUGUGUGUAAACACAUUGACGUUGUGGCAGGCUUAUGCAAUAUAUGAUCAUAUAAUGUAACUAAACCCUUAUUAUUUAUUAUAUUUUUGCCUAGGUGAUGUGUUUUUAAAUAAAACUAUUACAAUCUGCAGUCUGUCACUCUGGGGUUUUUUUUUGUUUUUUUUUUAUCAUAAUAAACAGUAUACAUGUUAUAUUGUUGGUUUAUACAUCAAGGGCAUGAAAGGGUAAAUGUACAGCUGUGUAGUCAAUUUGUUCCACAUGGUUUGCAAAAUGUUAAACCGUUGUUUAUACAUUUAUUGUUUCUAACAAUUUGGUAGUACCUGAGUGUCAUUGGCUUAGUUUGGACCUACUAUCUGAAGGUAUUUUGUGUGUGCGUGGUUGUCUAAUUUGGCCUAGGACCAUGUACUCUUUGUAUAUUCGUGUCUGUUUGUAGGUAUGAGAUCCAAGGUUGCCAUGCAGCUAUGAAGGCCUCGUAUUUGUGUGAGAGUGAGUACGUAAGUUCUUCCAUUUUAUUUAAUGGAUUCUACUUUGGUGAUCCAUUCUCUUAUCGUUGGUGGUUGGCUUUGCUUCAAUUUAGUCGGGAUCAGGCCGUUGGCCGCAGUGAGUAGGUGACUUAUCAGUGUUUGUUCUGCCUUUGGUAUGUAUGUUGGGUUUAACAAACAGAAAGGUUUCUGGGUUGUGAGGAAGUCCUGUGAUUACGUGUAUAAGAUCCGUGAUUUUCUCCCAAUACUUUUGAAUCUCCUCGCACAACCACCAUAUGUGGCCUGGGGUUCCCUCAGUGGUUUUGCAUCUCCAGCAUAGUUUUGAGGAGUUGGGGGGGGGGGAAAGUAUGUAUGCGGGUUGGGGUGUAGUGCCAGCGUGCUAUACGCUUGUAGUUGCUCUCUUGGA